GGCACCAACGUCGGGCUGCUGAGCGCCGCGGGCUUCUCGACGCUCGGGACCGGCGACUGGUACUUGCAGCCGGCCGCCGUCGCGCUGUGGGUCCUCAUCCUGAUCCACGUCGCCCUCGCGUACGUCGCCUGGUGGCGCGCGCACCACCUGGGCAUGGGCUUCGGGUGGGGCGACGCAAUUCUGUGGUGGAACCAGCCGGACCAGCUGGAGUCCCUGAGCGACAAGAAGACGGGCCUCGCCCGCUUCCGCCCCGGCGGCGACCGCCCCAUCCUGCGGGCGGCCGCGUGGCUGCUCGGGGUCAAG